CUGGGUAACCUAUCUUGUGACGUGUGACCUUUUCGACCCGGUCGUUUGAUCCUGAGUCAUGUGGAUUGGAUCGCCUUUAAACUUGUUUAUGUGUGUAUUUCUCAUGUAAAGGGAAUUCAAGUUGGCUUGUUUAAGCAGUUAUGAAGUAACAUUAAUAAUCUAAAGGGGAGCAUACCCACGUCAUGCUGAUGUGUCACUAUGUUAUGUCAGUGUCGAAACUUUGAAUAAGGCAGUAUGCAUCAACUAUAAUAUAGACGGUUUACGUGACUUUUCGGCUGAGCAAUACCUUGUUGUAAUUGGGUUUUGUGUUUAACUAUAUCGAUACAAAGAUUCACGAGGCUGUAUCUUUAACUUGUAAGCAAACAUGAUUGUACACCACGUCGUCAGCCUGAACUGUUUUCACUGGAUUCAGUUGUCCAUUAUGUGCUUGUUUUGGUUUUGAUCUAGUGGGUGAACUGUGAAGCAUAAAAAAGAAGUCUCACUCCUCCCCCGCAGUUCCUGGUUGUUGCAGUGCUACAGAAUGAAGGUUGUCCGUGCUAUCUCAUCAUCCCACAGCUACUGAAUUUUAAUCUCCUUUCACACUGAAGAAAUAAAGGGACAUUAAUACAAUGAAUCUACACCAAGUACUUACAGGAGCUGUCAAUCCAGGAGAUAACUGUUUUGCAGUGGGAAACAUUAAUGACCAGCCUUUCACGGCAUACGCAUCAGGAUGUGACAUUGUGAUUUUAGGUAGCAACUUUGAAAGGCUACAGAUCAUCCCUGGGGCUAAACAUGGAAACAUUCUGGUUGGCUGUGUAGACUGUUCCAUGCAGCAGGGCAAGAUUGCAGCAUCAUAUGGGAACGUGGUUUGCAUCUUUGAGCCUGUGCAACUCUUAAAUCGGAAGAAUACAGAUUCAUCAAGAAUAAACUGUCAAUGGCAGAGGAGUGGCCAAUUUGUAUUGCAGUCUAUAGUGCAUAAUCUAGCAUGGGACCCAACAGGAACAAAUCUCCUAACAGGGUCCAAUAGUUUACAGCUCUGGUCCAAUGUUGGCUUAAGAUCAUGUAUCGAAGAAGAGGAGAAACAGGCAAUGACCAUCAACAAUGGCCUUGGCAACUGGAAAUGCAUCUGGCUUUCCAAAACUGCAUCUUCAGUCCAUUUAAUGAAAUUUUCUCCAGAAGGUGAUUUUUUUGCUACAGCUGGAAAGGAUGACUGCUUGGUGAAGGUGUGGUACCAUACCAGCAGCUGGCAGUCUGGAGUGACAUCACUUAAUAGCCCUCCAGAGAAAGCAGCACAGGGAGAAGUGAACUACUCCUUUGUGUAUCUGGCCCAUCCACGCACAGUUACAGGGUUUUCAUGGAGGAAAACAAGUAAAUAUAUGCCACGGGGAUCUGUAUGUAAUGUCCUGGUCACCUGCUGCAAAGAUAGUGUCUGUCGGCUUUGGGCAGAGACGUUGCUGCCCAGUGACAGCUUAUUGUCUGGACAUGGCCCCAGCCAAAGUAAUGACCCCGUUACAUCAACAAGUGGUCUGAAAAGGCAUGCCCCCAACAAACACCGUGUACAGAAUGCUUUGGAGCUCAACCUUAAGCACUCCAGGAGAGGGAGGAAAUCUCCUGCCAUGGCUGCUGACACAGGCUGUCUACCUCACCAACAGGACACCCAUGAGGCCCAUAGGAACAACUCAAGCGUACAUGCAAAUGCACUUUGUCACUUUCACAUAGCUGCUAGCAUCAACCCUGCAACAGACAUUCCACUGCUUCCCUCCAUAACAUCCAUGAGCCUUGAUGAUGAUGGUGAAGACCAGAAUGGGCCCUUUGUAGUGCACUGGCUGAAUAACAAAGAGUUACACUUCACUUUGUCCAUGGAAGUGUUCUUACAGCAGCUGCGAAAGAGUCUUGAGCAGCAGCCUCCUGAGACCAGCGGAGAGGAGCCCUGUCAGCCAGAUGAAGAUGCAAUCUACAAGGAUGAACAGAAAGGAUCUACAAAGAAGAGCGAAUAUUUGAAUGCUGGCGCCUUGCCUUUACCUGCUGCCACUAUUGAUCACGAGAUUGAAAUACUGCUUGCGGAGUGGAACAAGAAUGCAGACAUGAUGUUUAGUAUUCAUCCCAUGGAUGGUUCUUUAUUAGUAUGGCAUGUUGACUGGCUCGAUGAGUACCAGCCUGGCAUGUUUCGCCAAGUUCAGGUCUCAUUCGUCUCUAGAAUCCCAGUAGCAUUUCCAACUGGUGAUGCCAAUUCCCUAAGCAGAAGCAUAGUAAUGUACGCCUGCACCAAGAACGUGGACCUUGCUGUUCAGCAGGGCAAACAGAAGCCUCCUGGUAUGAUCCGCUCCUCUUCAAUGUUGAUAUCUUUUGGCAACAAUAAAUCUUCCAGCAGUCUAAAACUCAGUAUCUUCACUCCCAACGUCCUUAUGAUCUCAAAGCAUGCAGAUGGAUCUCUGAACCAGUGGGCCGUCAGCUUUGCAGAGGAAUCUGCCUUUUCUACGGUCCUGAGUGUUUCUCACAAAUCUAGAUACUGUGGUCAUCGUUUUCACCUCAAUGAUUUGGCCUGCCACUCUGUGUUACCUUUGCUGCUAACAACGUCCCAUCACAAUGCACUCAGGACCCCAGAGGUGGACAGUAUGAAUGAUAACAGGGGUCUUGACAAUACAAUGCCCCGUGACCCACUUUCAAAGAGGCUUAACAGAGUAUCUGUGGAUGCAACAUUCCAGGACCCCCAUGCGAUAUACAGUGAGCUGAUUCUUUGGAGAGUGGAUCCAGUUGGACCACUGUCAUUCUCCGGAGGAGUUUCAGAGCUAGCCAGGAUAAACUCGCUGCAUGUUUCUGCCUUCUCCAAUGUGGCCUGGCUUCCUACAUUGAUCCCUAGCGAUUGUUUAGGGGCUUAUGGUAACUCCCCAUCUGCCUGCUUUGUUGCAAGUGAUGGACGUUCACUGAGGUUAUACCAGGCUGUCAUUGAGGCCAAAACGCUGUUAAGUGAGCUCUCUAACCCAGACAUUUCAAAAUAUGUUAGUGAGGUUUUCAACAUCGUAAGUCAACAAUCAACUGCAAGGCCAGGAUGCAUAAUAGAACUUGAUGCUAUCACCGCUCUUCAUGGGAGAGAAACGCAGCUCCUCCAUGUCUUUGAAGAAGACUUUAUCUUGGGUAAAAAGAUGAAAGGAGAUGGGAUUCAAGAAACUGAGGAAAUCGCAUCGUCUGAAACAGGUUCCCAGAAGGGAUUCUCUCAGAAGUUCUACUUGGUUGUUAUUGAGUACACUCAGAGUGGAUGCUCUUUACUACACAUGUGGCACCUGCACCUGAAGUCAGUCCAGAUCACUGAAGAUGACCAGCAUGACAAAACUGAGCCGCAAUCUCUCCUGUCCCCACAAGAUGGCCAGAAUAGCUUUUCUCCCGAAAAGUCCUCUUCUCCCCUCUCUCAAAAGUACAAGGCCUGCAGGACUAACUUACAUAGUGCCAGCAGGCUAACUCUCAUCUCAGAAAGAGUUUACAGUCAACAAAUGAAGCUGCCAGAUAGAGUGGAAAUUAUUCGAGCUACACCUUCAGCAGGGCACCUGAGUUCCUGUUCCAUACAUCCAACAGGCCUUGCUCCCUAUCUUUUGGCCACUUCUUGUUCUGAUGGAAAAGUUCGCUUCUGGAGGUGCAGAGUUGACCCUGAGUCCUUAUUCUCCAAAGUAGAGGACAGUGGACGGUGCAGCUAUACGUACAUUUGGGAAGAGUGGCCACUGCUGAUUGAGGAUGGUUUUCUAAACAGUAGUACAGUAAGUGUGAUGGGAAGACCAAUUGAGGUCAGCUGUUGCAACACAAGCCGCAUAGCAGUGGCUUACAAACAGACAUCCUCUCAAUACUGUGGGAAAUACUUUACAAUGCACGUGGGUAUUUUUGAAUGUGAAUCUACUGGUGGGUCACAGUGGAUCCUUGAACAGACACUUAACCUUGAUGAACCAAGCACAAUGUUGGACCCCAGAAUAAGCAUUGAUCGUAAUUUAACAGUUUAUAACAAACAAGAUGUGUAUUUGUCAAGUGACAUCCAUGUAAUGCCCAGUGCCAAGCAUCUGAUUUACUUAGACUGGGUUUCAAGAGAAGAUGGGUCACACAUUUUAACAGUGGGGAUUGGCUCCAAACUCCUGUUGUAUGGACAGCUCUCUGGAAAAAUUCCAGAGAAAGGCAGUAAAGAAGGGCCUGCAGCUUCAGCUUUGCCUAUGUGGGAGGGAGCAAAAGAUCAUUCUUACUCCAGAUUUGUACUUCUUCGGUCUGUAGAUCUUGUUGCCUCAUUUGAGGGAUCUCUUCCCUUGCCUGUUUCUCUGUCAUGGGUGCGAGACGGUAUCCUUGUGGUUGGUAUGGACUGUGAAAUGCACGUUUAUUCUCAGUGGCAACCACCUGCCAAAUCAGAGCUAACAACUGCAGAGACUGACUGUGGUAGCACCACGUCAUUAAUAACUUCAAUAAGACAAGGUCAUGCCAAUGGAGUAAACCAAAAGCCUGCCAAGAAGACUCUGACAAGAUCAAUGACAAGCCUUGCUCAAAAGCUAAGUGGAAUGAAGACCAUGUACGAUCUUCCUGUUGAGAUGGAAGACAAUGGCCUUUUUGAAGCAGCCCAUGACCUGUUCCCCACAUUACCACAGUACCACCCUGUUCAGCUGAUGGAGCUGAUGGACUUGGGCAAGGUUCGUAGGGCCAAGGCCAUCCUCUCUCACUUGGUCAAGUGCAUUGCAGGGGAAGUAGUGGCUCUAAAGGACAACAGCACAAAUCAUGAACGGCGCCUCCGGUCUCUGUCAAUCAGUGCCAGCGGCAGUACAGCCAGGGACCCCAAAACAUUUAGCAAAACAGAAAACUCGGAUUACACAGAGAUUGACUCUAUUCCUCCCCUCCCACUUUAUGCACUGCUAGCAGCAGAUGAGGAUACUUCUCAUAAGGUAAUAGAUAAGUCCACAAACUCCAUCAUGAACAAGGAAAACCGUGAAGCCCAAGGUGAUGAUUAUGAUGAGCUGUUCCAGACUCCUAGUCUGGGCACUGAUGACUUUGGACUCCUGGAUACUGAUGAUGAAGAAGAUACUAAACCAAAGGUCAUUGACCUUUCCCAGUACAGCCCCACCUACUUUGGCCCAGAGCAUGCUCAAGUUCUCUCCAGUCAUCUCUUGCAUUCUAGUCUACCUGGACUUACCCGAAUGGAGCAGAUGUCUUUAAUGGCUUUGGCUGAUACAAUUGCAACCACCAGUACUGAUGUUGGAGAAAGCAGACAUAAAAGUACAGGUGGCGAGACUCUUGAUGAAUGUGGACUAAAGUUCAUUUUAGCCAUGCGGCUUCAUACCUUUCUUCUAACAUCUCUGCCCCCUGCCCAUCGAUCCCAGCUUCUUCACCAAGGCUUAUCUACUUGCCAUUUUUCCUGGGCCUUUCAUUCUGAGGCAGAGGAGGAGCUGCUCAACAUGCUGCCUGCAAUGCAGAAGGGAAACCCUACUUGGUCAGAGCUGAGAGCUAUGGGAGUAGGCUGGUGGGUACGAAAUACCAACACACUGCGAAGAUGCAUAGAAAAGGUAGCAAAAGCAGCAUUCCAGAGAAAUAAUGAUCCCUUGGAUGCAGCUAUUUAUUAUCUCGCUAUGAAGAAGAAAGCUGUGGUUUGGGGUCUUUACAGGUCUCAGAGGGACUCAAAGAUGACUCCAUUUUUCAACAACAACUUCAGUGAAGACAGGUGGAGGAAGGCAGCACUAAAGAAUGCCUUUGCACUGUUGGGAAAGCAGCGCUUUGAGCACUCUGCAGCUUUCUUCCUUCUGGCUGGUUCCUUAAACGAUGCAGUUGAGGUUUGCCUUGAGAAAAUGAAUGAUAUUCAGCUGGCUCUGGUGAUAUCAAGGUUGUAUGAGUCUGAAUUUGAGGUGUCGUCCACAUACAAGAAUAUACUGCAGAAACGGAUCUUGGGGUAUGAUUCUCAUGAGAGAACAUUCACCCUCUCCCAGAUGCACCAGGACCCUUUUUUCCGCAGCAUGGCUUACUGGAUACUGGAGGAUUAUAGCAAGGCUCUUGAUACUCUAUUGGAGCAACCUGUAAGAGAGGAAGAUGAUGCAGGACACACUGGUGUUGGUACCAUGUCCUACUCUUGUAACCCCAUGGUGUUCAACUUUUACAAUUACUUACGGACCCAUCCUCUUCUACUGCGCCGCCAUUUUGCUUCUUCAGAAAAGCCUUCCACCAAGAUGGGGCUAACUGUUGAAAACAGCUUUGCAGAUACAAUCAACUUGGUUGAGAGGAGGUUGUUCUUUACAGCCGCACAUGCUCACUUUAAAGCUGGAUGCCCUAUGCUGGCACUAGAGGUCUUGUCUAAGAUGCCAAAGGUGGUCAAGAAAUCUAAGCCGCUGCUGAGUAAAGAAAGUUCCAGCCUCUCUGAGGGCACCAAAGACUCUUUGCUCUCACCAGAAACAAAACAGGAAAAAGACUCUGAUUGUGAUUGGUCUCAGACAGUGGUAAAUGGUUUUGGAUUGGUUUCUCAUUGCUUGACAAACGGCCAGUCAGAAUCUGUUCUCAGUUUGGAUUGGAGCCAGUCUUCUUUGAUUGUUCAGGAUGAAGCUUUGGAUUUAAAUUGGGACAGUGAUAAAGAACAUGAGACUGAUGAUGAGGAAUCUGGCUUGUCCAUGAAAGACAUAAAAACUAAAAAUAACAACAUAAUCAUCAAAGGGGAACCGGACAAUAGUUCUGCCUACACAGAUUCUCGCACAGCUGGUGAGGUUGACGUUAUAACCCCCUCAGAAGACACGAUAGCUGCCCAGUUGAAAUUCAGUGCAUGUCUUAAGAUCCUAACUACAGAACUCCGAACGUUAUCAACUGGCUAUGAGGUUGAUGGUGGUAAGCUUAGGUACCAACUAUACCACUGGUUAGAGAGGGAGGUUGUGGCCUUGCAAAAGGCUUGUGAUUACAACCCUGAUUUGGAGGAUCUUGAAGAAGGGAUAGCUGGAAAUGCUGAUGAAACUGUCACAGGACAGUCAGCAGAGGAUCUUGUUCACCAACAGAGAUCCAUACAGCAAAAGGAUUAUCUUCAAAAAAGGAGACUGUGGCUUCUUAAGAACCAGCCUCUCUUUAGGAUGUUUCUCAGCUACUGCAGUCUCCAUGGGUCUCACGGCGGAGGGCUUGGAUCAGUCAGAAUGGAAUUAAUUCUGCUUUUACAAGAGUCCCAGCAGGAAAGCUCAACACAAACUGCCCUUAGCCCUGUACCACACCAGACAUCUAUACCUCUACUAUUAGCAUGUACUGCCAGUGCAAAAACAGUUGUUGCCAAUCCUGUAGUAUACCUGACCAACCUCGCUCAUGACAUACUACAUACGAUAAUAGACCUGGACUCCCCACCACAUCCAGACAGUAAAAAUAACAAGGUCUAUGUAAUGCACACCUUAGCAGCAUCACUUUCUGCCUGUAUCUACCAGUGUCUUUGUAAUAGUCACAGCUACAGUGCCUCACAUGCAAACCAGUUCACAGGAAUCAUCUACCAGAGCUUUCUGCUGACACAUCAGCAUCCUGUGAGAACAAUGAGUUUGGAUGAGACCGUAACACCCAAUACAUCCCCAGCCCAAUGGCCAGGUAUUGUAGCCCUGAUACGUCUUCUAAAUUCUUCUGGAAAAGAAGACCAGCCUGGAUUAACUGUUUUGCUUUGUGAGAUUUUAACAGCAGUUUUUCUGAGUCUCUUUGUACAUGGGCUUGCAACACAUUCCAGCAAUGAGCUCUUUCGCAUUGUAGCCCAUCCACUGAACAGCAAGAUGUGGGCUGCAGUGUUUGGAGGUGGAGCCCGGAUUCCUGUGAAGGAACAGAGCCCGAAAAAGCCUGCCACAGGAAGACCCUUUUCUAUCCCUAGCCCUCAUCAGGUAGUAGUGUUCUCCAUGGAAUGUGUGGGGUUUUCUAAAUCCCUUACAGCCAUCAGUACCCAUAGACCAACAAGUCCCGCAGUCACUACUGUUAAUGAUGAAUCGGAGAAGCACCACAAGCGUUUCAAGCUCUUGUCAACAAAAGGGGCAAGCAGAGAAAGUCUACAGAGCCCGACCUCGCCAGUCGUGAACCAGAAAAUGCCUGUUUUCAGAGAGAAAUUCAUUCCGCCGGAACUUAGUAUCUGGGAUUACUUCAUAGCAAAGCCCUUUCUUCCACCAUCGGAAAGCAGGGUGGAGUAUGACUCUGAGGAGAGCCAAGGUAGUGACGACGAAGAUGAUGAUGAUGAAGAAGAAGAUGUUUAUGUUUCAGAAACCCAACUUCAAGAACAUUCCAAUCCCAACUCAUAUAGCUGGUCACUUAUGCGUUUGGCCAUGGUGCAAAUGGUUCUUUACAACUUGAAGACUUUCUAUCCUAUAGCAGGACAUGAUCUUUCAGAACUGCCAGUUGGCUCCCCACUUUGCCAUUCAAUUCUGAAGACACUGCAGAGGUGGGAGCAAGUGCUUCUUAAGAGGCUGGAGAUUUUUGGUGGCCCACCCUCCAAAUUCAUCUCCUCACACACUCUUGAAGAUGCAGUAUCACCUGGCCCUGCCAUCCUCCGCCACAAAGCACUGUUGGAGCCCACUAACACUCCUUUCAAGUCAAAGCAACGCUCUGCACUCACAGUGAAAAGGCUUUGGCAAUACCUGGUGAAGCAGGACGAGGUGCAGGAGACCUUCAUUCGAAAUAUAUUCACCAAGAAAAGGGGUCAAAAUGAGUUGAUAGAGGACCACAAUGAAAAUGCCAAAAAUACUAUGAUGGAGGAACCUAACAUCAAUAAGAUAGAAGCAGAUCUUGGAUAUCCUGGUGGAAAGGCAAGAAUUAUCCAUAAAGAGUCAGACAUCAUUACAGCAUUUGCUAUUAAUAAGGCUAACCGCAAUUGCAUAGCAAUAGCUUCCACUCAUGACAUUCAGGAGCUGGACGUGUCUGCAAUCCUCGCAACUCAGAUAUUAACGUGGGUCGACGAUGAGGUAGAAUUGGAAAAUAAAGGCAGUGAGGAUUUCUUGAUGAUUCAUGCACGUGAUGAUCUCAGCUGUAUCCAAGGUACUACCCCAUAUACACACAGCAGUCCUGGAACACCCAUUAAUAUGCCCUGGCUUGGCGGCAUGCAGACUGGCAGAGGAGCUUCUGUGUUGAUCAAAAGGAAUAUAAACAAUGCAAGAAGGAUGGCCUCUCAUCCAACAUUACCAUACUAUCUCACAGGUGCACAAGAUGGCAGUGUUCGGAUGUUUGAGUGGGGUCAUUCUCAGCAGAUUAUUUGCUUUCGACCUCCAGGAAAUUCAAGGGUCACAAGGAUACGGUUUAAUUAUCAGGGUAACAAGUUUGGCAUUGUUGAUGCUGAUGGAUGUUUGAGCUUUUGGCAGACCAACACAAUAGGAAGCACACCAAAACCAUAUCUGACCUUGCAGUGUCAUAACAAAACAGCCAAUGACUUUGUUUUUGUGGGUUCAUCCUCCUUGAUAGCAACCGCAGGACAAUCUAGUGAUAACAGAAAUGUAUGUCUGUGGGAUACUCUGGUGACACCAGCCAACAGUCUGGUCCACGCAUUUAUCUGCCACGAUAGUGGAGCCACAGUGCUAACCUAUGCUCCAAAGCACCAGUUGUUAAUCUCUGGUGGCAGAAAGGGUUUCGUCUGUGUGUUUGAGCUCCAUCAGAGGCAGCAGAGGCAGACUUUUCAGGCGCAUGACUCCCCCGUUAAAGCUGUUGCUGUAGAUCCAACAGAGGAGUACUUUAUUACUGGUUCUGCAGAGGGGAGCAUGAAGGUAUGGAGCUUAUCCACGCACAGUCUGAUUCACACUUUCAUCAAUGAGCAUGCUCGGCAGUCCAUCUUUAGAAACAUAGGAACUGGGGUAAUGCAGAUAGAGGCUGGUCUUGCAAACCACAUCUUCUCUUGCGGAGCAGACGGCACAGUGAAGAUGAGGAUUCUGCCAGACUGCUUUAGCACAAUGAAUGGUGUGAAAAAUGAUGUGAAAUGUGUAAUCUAAUUAUGCAUAAUGCUCUGUGUAAUAUAGUAAAGAAAAAUCUGAUCAUCAUAGUAUGCAUACAUGUAAUGAGUUUUAUUAUGUACCAUACACUUGUGCCACAUAAUUAAGAAACAUUUAAAGCUAAAGUUUAAUUUGAAGUAAUGUGGUUUAUUUUUAAAACACUGAUGCCUUAAGAUGAUUGUUAAGGGUACAUUUGAUUCGAAGACUAGUAAAGCUCUAAAAAACAUUAAAAAAAAAAAAAAAAAACUUGCAAAUAAAAUGUUUUUGCUGCUGACUUUGUUUAGUGGUGUCAAGGAAUAUGCACAUUGAUUACACAUAUUUUUAAUUAGAAAGUGUAAAAAUAACUUGUGUAAUAUAUAUGUACUAUUAUAAGAUUCGGUUGUAUGCAAGUGGCAGUUUUACAGUCUUACUUUUGAAGAACAUAAUGAAAUGAUUACACCUUCUGAGUUUGCCAUUUAAAUUUGUAAAAAAAAAAAAAAAAAAUACAGUGAUAUAAAACUAAGACAAAACAAUGUUUGUUUAUUCUUUUAGUCUACGGGUCCAGUUUAUGGAACAGUUUUGUUCAUUUUUGGCUGUGAAUAUACUUUGUUUUGACCUUGUGCUGUUUGAAUGCUUAGUCAGCUAUUUUAUGUAGGGUGUAUAUCGGCCAACAGACACAGGUGUGUAGAUAAAUGUGUUUGAAUGUUUGGGGAAAUAGAAACAUAAAUAAAACUCUUAAGUAUAUAUAUUCUUAUUAGAUACCUUAUUAGUAUGUUCAUCAUGUUUGUAGGCAGUCGCAGUAUUAUGUUGAAUGGCUUUUAAAAAUAUUUCAAUAACUUAUUUCUUUAUUGUUUUGUUUAAUUUAUUUUCUAACAUGAGACAUUGUGUCAGAAAGCCUGAAAAUUAAGUCCAAGGCCUUUAAACUGACAGGAAAUGACAAUGAUUCUUGAGCACGUUUCUGAGCAAAGUCCAUUGAGAUGAUAUAUUAAAUCUCCACAGCACAUCUAAUAUGAAUAACACUGUAAAACAUACGUAUAUAUAUAUAACGUAUAUAACACUGUAAAAUGUCUUUGUCUUGGAUACUUCUAUUAGUUUUAAUUUGGAAAGUGACAUUGGUUUUCUGUGUAAACAGUCAGCUUGUAAUGUAAGUUUUGGCAAGUGCUACAAGCAGUGAUUGUGCAUUUUGUUUUGUUUAUAGAGAGUUUUGACCACAUUAAAAUUGCACAACGCCAUAAUUUAGAUUUCUUACUACAUUGCAUAUAUUUUCCUUCAUUUAUUCCAAUAAUUCAUAAUUCAGUCUUGCUAGUAUUUUUUAUGAUCAAAGUGGGCUAUCUUCAGUUUUUAGACCUCGCUAGGGAUAUAUCUUACUUGUGAAGGGUAUAUAGUAGAGUAGGACGUUCAUCUCUACAUACGGUAUGUCACAAUUUAGAGUUGUACUGUAUACAUAUACCUAUAAACCUCUAAUCCAAUAGUGAUGAACCAGUGUAAACUACAAAUACAUUAAGUAACAACAAACAGUCACUUUAUUAUACAACAAAUUUAACAUUUUUGUCAUUUUGAUUAAUGGAAAUACUUGGUGAGGUUUGUUUUUAUUGAAGGAGGAACUGUUUGAUUUGCAAUAUUUAGAAAAAAAGAAAAGGUGUUAAAUAUGUGAAUGGUUUGCUGCAGUGAAAGUACAUUGUAUGUAAAUAAUCUCAGGCUAUUGGUUUUUUUUUUUAACUAAAUCAUUUGCGUUAAAUACGUUUUGUAAAUUCAUCACAAGAAUACAAAUUGUACUUGUAUAUGUAAAGGUCGCAAACACUAAGUGAGGAAAAAGUUUGUAGGUGAAUAACACAUUGAAACAGAACAAUGAGUAGGAUAGGGUUACAAUAUUUAACUGUUAAAUGAGUCAUCUGAAAGAAUAAUUAUUGUAGUAAACUGCAUUUAAAAUGGAGAUUGAAGAAUAUGUUGCCCUUGUAAAUACAUAACUCUUGCAUUCUAAAUAAUGUGUAUAAACAUACAAUAUAGAUAAUUCAAACAGUGGAGGGUAGUAUAAAAUAUAAAGUAACUUUGUGCUGAUAUUUACCUUAUGAAAUGAAACUAAUAAUGCUUUUUAAUCACAAGUACGAUUUUUCAUUUUAAAAAGUGUAAUCUUGUAAAUUAUAUUGUAAGUGAUUGGUGUUCAAAAAUCAAGAUCACAUUCAUUUAAAUAAAAAAAAUAUACAAA